AGCAAAGAGAGAGAGAGAGAGAGAGGAAGGAGUAGAUCAGGGUAUAAAGAGGAGAGAAGAAGUUUCCAUCGAGAAAGGAGAAGCUUUUCGUAGUCGCCGUCGUCGUCACUGGUGGUGAUGGGGUGCUGCAAUUCCUCCCUCCUGCCAGAGAACCACCCGGUGGAGAAGCGGAGCCACCAGAGCCUGCAGCAGCAGCAGCGCCGUCCGUCCUUGUCGCUUCAGGCGGCGGUCGAGGGCAGCGGGCGAGAGGUGCCGGCCUUCGCGCAGUUCUCGCUUGCGGAGCUCAAGGCGGCGACCAACGGGUUCAACCCGCAGAACGCCGUCUCGGAGAGCGGCGACAAGGCCCCUAAUGUCGUCUACAAGGGCCGGUUGCAGAGCCGCCGGUGGAUCGCCGUCAAGAAGUUCGCCAGAACCGCAUGGCCCGAUCCCAAGCAGUUCGCUGAGGAGGCGUCGGGAGUGGGGAAAUUGAGGCACAGGAGGCUGGCGAAUUUGAUCGGAUACUGUUGCGAUGGCGAAGAGAGGCUUCUUGUGGCCGAGUAUAUGCCCAAUGACACCCUUGCUAAGCAUCUCUUCCACUGGGAAAAACAAACUAUUGAAUGGGCCAUGCGUUUGAGGGUUGCUUUCUAUAUUGCUGAAGCCUUGGAGUAUUGUAGCAGUGAGGGACGGCCACUAUAUCACGACCUAAAUGCCUACAGAGUCCUUUUUGACGAGGAUGGUGAUCCUCGGCUUUCUUGUUUUGGUCUUAUGAAAAACAGCCGGGAUGGGAAAAGUUAUAGCACAAACCUGGCAUACACACCUCCAGAAUAUUUAAGAAAUGGGAGAGUAACUCCAGAGAGUGUCAUAUUUAGCUUUGGCACUGUCCUUUUGGAUCUUCUCAGUGGAAAGCGCAUUCCUCCAAGUCAUGCUCUUGACAUGAUAAGAGGUAAAAACAUCUUAGGCUUAAUGGAUUCACACUUGGAGGGAAAUUUCUCAAUGGAAGAGGCAACAACACUGGUUGACCUUGCUUCUCAGUGCCUACAAUACGAACCUAGGGAUCGACCCAACACAAAGAUGCUGGUGGCAACACUUGGUCCAUUGCAAACCAAAUCAGAGGAACCAUCUUAUGUUAUGUUGGGUAUUGAAAAGCAUGAAGAGGCCCCUCCAGCUCCUCAGCAACCUCUUUCACCAAUGGGGGAAGCCUGCUCCAGAAUGGACCUUACUGCCAUCCAUCAGAUUCUAGUAAUGGCACACUAUAGAGAUGAUGAAGUAACUAAUGAGUUAUCAUUUCAGGAGUGGACACAGCAGAUGAGGGAUAUGCUGGAAGCAAGGAAGCGAGGGGAUUUUGCCUUCCGUGAUAAAGAUUUUAAGACUGCAAUCGAGUGUUACUCUCAGUUCAUAGAUGUGGGAACAAUGUUCUCACCUACAGUCUAUGCAAGGCGAAGUCUGUGCCAUCUCAUGUGUGAUCAAGCCGAUGCUGCUCUACGGGAUGCGAUGCAGGCACAAUGUCUCUACCCCGAUUGGCCCACCGCUUUCUAUAUGCAAGCAGUUGCCCUGGCCAAGCUGAACAUGCAGGGGGACUCCCUCGACAUGUUGCAGGAGGCCACGGCUCUAGAAGAGAAGAGGCAGAAAAGUGGUAGAGGUCCAUAAUGCACCUCUGCAUGUUGUACUUGUAUCUUGUCCCCAUCACUUGGUUGCUGAUUUGAGUUUAGCCAUCAUGUGAAAUCUGUGAUUGUGGUGCCAUGGGAAGAUGUAUUAUAGGGAAAGUGCUUUGGUUCAAUCAGUGCAUUUGGUUUCCCAUUGCCUGGUGUAUUCUUUGGCCCAAUCAUUUCCUGGUUGAUUUUUUUUACCUUUAUGUUUCUUUGGUUGUUACAUUCCAAUUUGGACCAAGGAUCGAUAUCCGAUGAUAUAAAUCGUACCAGUGUCUA